GUUAGGCCGGCUGCUAGAUAUUCGACGAAACGAAUAUAAAAACUUCUUAAUUUCAGUUAUAUUUUGAUAAAAUAUUCUACCACAAUGAACGUGAAUCACAUUUUCAGAGUUUAUAGAAACAGCAGUAUUUUGAGAACGCUACUGAACAGCUCGAAGCAACUCACAGCCAAUUCCAAUGUGAAUAUGCGCUACCCUCAAAUUACCCGAAAUAUGUGGUGUUUGUCUGGAAAUUCACAUGCACACAAAAAUUCAUUAUUUAAUCAUAGUCUGAAUUGCAAUUGUGGAUGUGGAAAAAGCAAUGCUCAUUCCAAAGCUGAAAAAGAAUUGGUAGAAUUCCUCACUGAAGAAAUAUUGGCAGAAAGGAAAACCCAAAAAACAACCACAAUUCCAUCAGAGCUUGACGGCUUUAAGGCAAAACUCAAUGGAGCUGAAGUGACAUUAGUUAAAGAAAUCAAUGAUGAAACUAUAAAAAUUACUUUCAAUGUCAAUCAUACUGUAGACCAAGAUAUUGAAGAUAUUGACCCUAAUAUGGAUAAACCAGAAUUGGGAGAGUUGAAGUCUAAGCCUGCAUUUAAAGUAGAGAUAUUGAGAGGCAAUACAACUCUUAACCUUGUCUGUUCCUUCUUGAGCCCUGGAGAUGAUGGUGGAGAAUAUAAUGACAUUUUUGGAAUAGACGAGAUCAGCAUAUAUGAAGGUGACUGGAAUGAAAAUGUUUAUGCAGUAUCAGGAGAAGUUGUAGAUUCGUAUUUAUAUGACCUCAUUCUGAACUAUUUGGAGGACAAGGGAAUCACCAAUGAAUUUGUUGAAAAACUUUCUGGAUACAGCACAGCCUUCGAACAUUCAGCAUAUAUUGGAUUAUUGGAAAGUUUGUCCAAAUUUGUUUCAGGAAAAUAGUUUAUUAGUUCUAACCCUUGUAUUGUUACUUUCUCUAUAUCAUAAAUAAAUAAGUUAUUAC